AUGUCGAGAUAAGUAUAUAUGUUAGUUAAAACUAAAGUAACUAUUGAAAAGAUUCGAUUUAGUAUCAAAGUCUUUAGAACAAUUUGAUUUAUAUGAAUAAAAGGAAUUUUCGAUUCCCUGCUCUUAGUAGUAUAAAUUAAUACUUAUUCUUAGAUACUCUGAAGAAUGUUAUCAAGCAUUUUAGAAGAUUUAUCAGAAAAGUUAAAUUCCUCGAAUUUAGAUGAUUCCAGAAGAUGAAAAAGAGUUUUACAUUUUAAAUAGAGAUACAGGACUUAUGAUAGAUUGUAGAAAAUUAGAUGAUUAUACAAUAUCAAAAACAGACACAAAAGAAGUGGCUUGGAAGAAUUAUUGGAAACAUAGUCGAGAAAUUAGUGAGCUACUAGUAUAAUUAAUCUAAUCGAAUGAAAAUAAUAAAGUGUAUGAACUACUCGCUCACCCUUAAUUCUAUAUAGAUUUAAAUAUCAGGUACAAAUAAUUAUAAUAAAGUAGGGAUUUAGAUGAUUGGACUCCGCUUCAUUUUGCAUGUUAAUAAAAUAAUACUGAGAUAGUUUAACUCUUAUUACAUUAAUAAGCAAAUCCAAAAUUAGUUUCUUUGGAUAAAAAGACUCCAUUACAUAUUGCAGCAGUGAAGAAUAACUCAACAAUUUGUGAAUUAUUGAUUAAUUUUGGAGCUGAUGUUGAUGCUUAAGAUUCCGAUUAAAAUACACCAUUACAUAUUGCUUCAUUAUAUGGAAAUGAUUAAGCUUGUAAAAUAUUGAUAGAGAAACGUGCAAAUCAUAAUUUGAAAAAUUAUCAACAUUUAACUCCUAUUGAAGUUAGUUCAGAUAUUAGAAUUAUUGAGAUAUUUAAUCAAUUCGAAAUCUCGCUUAAUAAUUUUACUUAUACAAGAACUGUUGUGAAGAAAUAAAAUUUAGUAUUACAUAAUAGUCGAAGAGAUCAUGUUCAAAAGAUAAUGUAGUUAGCUAAAUAAUAAUAAAAAAGAAUUAAUGAUCGAGAAAUUAAUUAAGAAUUACUAAUUAAUGAAUAAUUAAGAUAAUCUCUUAAUAAUAAAGAAAAUAAUUAAAAUAGAACUACUUGGGGUAAAAUUAUGGAUUUCGCAGUAUCAUUUUCUAGAAUCUCAAUCAAAGGUAAUAGAUAAACGAUAAAUGCAGAAUCUGAAAAAAAUAAGAUUGAUCCAUCUUCAUUUAAAUUUUAUUAAAAAUUAGGAGAAGGAGGAUUUGGUUAAGUUUUUUUAGUUGAAAAAAUUGGAUAAGAACCAAAAAAGUAUUAUGCAAUGAAAAUAUUAAAAAAAGAAGAUAUAGAUACAUCAAAUAUAAUAAAAUCAGCUUAGAUUGAAAAAGAUGUCUUAAAAGUUAUGAAUCAUCCAUUUAUUGUUAAAUUGAAUUAUGCAUUUUAAACUUUAGAUCAUUUAUAUCUUGUAAUGGAUUUAUGUUCUGGAGGAGAUUUAUCAACACAUUUAGAAUUAUAUAACAAAUUUCCAGAAAAUAUUGUAAAAAUAUAUGCAGCAGAAAUAACAUUAGCUUUAGAAGCAUUACAUAAAUAAGGAAUCAUCUUUAGAGAUCUUAAACCUGAAAAUGUAGUAUUAGAUAAAGAUGGACAUGCAUAUUUAACAGAUUUUGGAUUAUCUAAAUAAGGAAUUGAUGAAGAAAUUUUGAAUUAAUCUUUUUGUGGUACUUUAGCUUAUUUGGCUCCUGAAAUGUUAAUGAAAAAAGGACAUGGUCGUUAAGUUGAUUGGUACAUGUUAGGAAUCUUUAUAUAUGAAUUAUUAGUUGGAGCUCCGCCUUAUUAUGAUAGUGAGAAAGAAAUUCUAAAAGAAAAUAUAAAAAGAGCACCACUUAAAUUACCAAAAUAUUUAAGUCAAGAAGCUAAAGAUAUAAUUAUUUAAUUAUUGAUAAGAGAUCCUAAACGUAGAUUAGGAUCUUAAGAAGAUGCUAAAGAAAUUAAAAACCAUCCUUGGUUUAAUGAUAUCAAUUGGUUAGAUUGUUAUAAUAAAAAACUAUAACCACCUAAACCACUUAUUUUUCAUGAACCAAAAGAAGCUAGAAAAGUUACAUUUAGCAAGAAUAGUAACAGAAAUAAAUUAAAUGACUGGACCUUUUUUGAAAAUUGA